UUAAAAAUUAUUUGUACUGUAUGUGACCAGUCUGCAGGAAAUAUGAGUACAAUAAUUAAAAGUUUGCAUGAAGACACAGUGCAGGAAUAUGUUAGAAGAGACGAAGAAUUUAAAAGCAAUGGCUUUGAAAUUGAUGGUGUCAAAAUCUUUACAUUUUUUGAUCCACCUCAUCUCCUAAAAGGGAUAAGAAAUAACUUUUUAGUUAAAAAUAUAAGAUUUCUCCAUAAUGGAGAAGUCAAAAUAGCUAAAUGGGAGCACUUAAUUAUGUUCAUGGAAAGAUGUGUUGGAGAUGAUGAACUCAGAUUAAUUAAUAAAUUAACCGAGUCACAUUUAAUUAAAGACAAGAUCCCAAGAAUGAAGGUUAAGUAUGCUGCACAAGUAUUCAGUCAAAGGCUAUCAGCAGCUAUUAAAUUUUGUACAAGAAAUGGAGUUCUACCCAAUGAAUGCAAUGACACAGCAGAUCUGUUAUAUUUAAUAGAUCGAUUAUUUGAUUGAUUUAAUGGACACAGCUAUAAGGAUGAAGAUUAUGGAGCGUACGUCAGCAAGGAUUCGCGCGCGCAGGACGUUGUCGCACAGGGACCAGCGCGCUCACACCGCUCAUCACAUGCCACUCCCGCACACGGUGAUAUUCCGGUCGGAGUUCCUGGGCGAGUUCUUGUCGGUGUUGUUACCGGGCGUGGGCGCGGGCCCUGGUGCGGGAGGAGGCGGUGUCGACUUUGCCGCCUUCCGCCACGCCUUUCUGCCCGCCUUCCCGCGCUCGCUGCCCGGACUUGCGCCCCACCAUGCCGCCCUACUCAACAACUUCCCCUCAGAUACUGUAUGUAUUGCUUUGUACACCUCGCUGACACUGACACCAGACCAGAAUGAACAUUAGUACAGUCGAGCAACUACUACUUUGAUACAUUUUGUACUUUUUUUUUUAAGAGAAGUAUGUCAAGACAGCGCUUAAUAGAGGUCCGUGGUCUCUGCCUACCCCUCUGGGUUACGGGCAUGUAUGUUGUUGAUGAUACUUUUUAUCCUAGUACGAACCCACUUUUACCUUUUAACCUUGCACCUUUUAUCAUCACUCACCUUCCACCAUGCUGGUAGUAUUUACUACUUGAC